GCUCUUGCAAUCCCAAAAGCCUCUCCUUUCUUCUCUCUCUCCCUCCCUCCCAUUGUUCAACCAAUCCAGACUUCCUUUCUCUCUCGACUCUGAUCUCUAACGGAGGAGAGCUAGAGCAAGGUCAAGGAUCAUGUCUAUAGCUCAGAGAAGCUAUGCAUCUUCUCUCUGUUCUUCACCGCCAUUACCAAGAACCGCUCAGAACAAGCCGACCCAGUUCGUGUUCUUCCACGCCAAGCAUUCGUUAUCCAAGAACGGCUCUCUCCUGAGCCUAUCUGUUCAUUUCUCGGAGACCCACUUGGUAAAAGCGCCCACUUUGGUGGUGAAAGCAUCUGAAACCGAGUCGCAGACGUCGUCGGAAGCAGCCGACGGGGGAGGGGAAGAGAAGUAUGAGGAGUAUGAGGUGGAGAUAGUGCAGCCAUAUGGGUUGAAGUUUGUUAAAGGAAGAGAUGGUGGGACUUACAUUGACGCAAUUGGGGCCGGUGGAUCUGCUGACAAGACCGGCAUGUUCGCUGUGGGGGAUAAAGUACUCGCCACCAGUGCAGUUUUUGGGACGGAGAUAUGGCCUGCAGCUGAAUAUGGAAGGACGAUGUAUACUAUCCGUCAAAGGAUUGGCCCAUUGCUAAUGAGGAUGCAGAAAAGAUACGGUAAACUGGAGGAAACUGGUGAGCUAACAGAGAGGGAGAUCAUUAGAGCAGAGAGGAACUCCGGGGUAAUAAGUAACAGAGUGAGGGAAAUCCAAAUGCAAAAUUCAAUGAGGAAAAAAGAACAGAAACAGAGAAGAGAGAUGGACCUCCGUGAAGGGCUGCUGCUCUACAGGAACGGCAAAUAUGAGGAAGCAUUGGAGAAAUUUGAGUCUGUAUUGGGAUCGAAACCUGAUGCUAAUGAAGCAUCUGUCGCAAGUUACAAUGUCGCUUGUUGUUAUUCUAAGCUUGAUCAGGUACAAGCUGGACUUUCUGCCCUGGAAGAUGCUUUGGAAGCAGGGUUCGAAGACUUUAAGAGAAUUCGAACGGAUCCUGAUUUGGAAAAUGUAAGGAAGUCCAAGGAAUUUGAUCCUCUUCUGAAAAGGUUUGACGAAUCCUUUAUCAAUGAGAACGCCAUUGACGCCAUCAAAUCUCUAUUUGGCUUCAACAAAAAAUAGUGCUGAAAAUUGGCUGUGCAAUUGAAGAACCUUGGUUCUCUACCGAGGCAAGGCCUAAGACAAGGAUCGGAGAAGCAACUGCUUAUCCUGACAGAGCUUCAGGAAAAUUUAUUCAUUCUCAUUAUGCGCAUCACUUUGAUCUUGGACUUGGAAACACCCUGAGUGGAAAUUUUUCUGGUAGUUACCUAUUUUUUACCUUUCCCCAAAUUGUGAAGUUCUGGUGGAUGUAAAGUAUAUCAGUGAGAAAUUGAAGAGGAAUCGAUUAUUCGAUUA